CUUAUCUUUUUUCUCUGUUCUCAUCCACCUGACCACCACCCAAAACCACGAAGGCCUUUGAACUACUCUCGCAGCACUGUUCUUGCCCUUUGCAUAGAUUGCCAUUACACAUGAUUUUGCGGUUCGAUCUUGAUGAUUUUUUAUGCGUUGGUAUCGUCUUCAACAAUUCUUCCUUCACAUGAGCUCUUGGUUGUUGAUUCAAAGCUAAUAUGGGCUAAUUUGAACAUCGUGUUUACUGUUCACUUCUGUAUUCGCAGGUGCAAUUAUUCUAUUGUUUUGGCCAUUUUAGCGUUAAAUUUGGGAUGGAUAUGUGUGAUUUAGAGUGCCCUUAGAGAAUCUAUAGCUGGAUUUUGUUUCCAAUCGAAGACUCUUGUUGUUUUGGCAGAUUUGGGUUACGCUGCCACUGUUCACCGUGAGGUUGUAGACCAAAUUUUCUCCAGGUUAGUGCUCGUGUUUAAUCCAAUUUUAUGACGUUUCUUGCUCAUUUUAGGGUGCUUUCCAUUGUAAUUUCUUGGAUUUACUAAUUCUGUGUAUGUGUGUUGAAUCCCCUAAAUGCUUGGUUAAUUGACACCAUUCAUGUUCUUUGUCAUUGUGUGUGAACAUUUCUGACUGUGAUAUCUCUGCCUUGGAGUCCUGUUGUGAUAAUGGGAUGGAAUGGAGAAGAAUGUGAAGUAGGACAUUAGCCAAGAUAGAACAAAGGGAAACACGUUCAGAGAUAGCUGUGUCUGACCAUAUUUCACUCCGGCCAAGAUGACCCAAAUAGUGGCAGAUUCCCCAGGCAACAGCAGGCAGAUCCGGCGAAGUCCAGCAGCUCGGGCAGAGUAACAGCCAUAAUCCAGUGGCGGCGGCAAGCCGGUAACUCUCCGGCGAACUGACAACCGUGGUCACCCAGCAACUCUGGCGAAGGUGAGGUUCGGGUAGUGAAUUUUAACCAUGGACAUUGAGGAUGAGACGGAGCAGCAACGAUGACAGAUCCAGGUGGGCUUGGGCAGUGACGGGCUUGCUUAGGCAGCGAUACCGGACUGUGCGUGAUGCCGUCUACCCUCCGUUUGGGUCAAGUUCUCUCUCUUACCAUCUAGGUGACCAUUCCCACACUAUGAAAGAAUCACUUUGUUCAUCACGCUCCCCCUCAUCCAAGGUUUUUGUCAAGUACACCAAAGCCUUCGGGUUACUGUCAUCAGCACCUCUGCCGACAAAAAACAAGAGGCCAUAGAACGUUUUGGUGUUGAUUCCUUCUUGAUCAGUUGUGACCCUGAACAAAUGCAGAAAAAAGGCUACAAAGAGCACACUUAAUGGGAUAAAUGACACAGUUUGAACCGUUCAUCCUCGUAUGCCACUACUAAGCUUAUUGAAGACCAAUGGUAAGCUUGUAUUGGUUGGUCUCCCGGAGAAACUCCUUGACUUGUUAGCGUUUCCCUUGAUCAUGGAAAAUUGGUUGCAGGAAGUGGCAACGCUGGAAUAAAUUAAAGGAGACUCAAGCCAACAUAACAUCACGCCCGAUGUUGAGAUUGUGCCGAUGGACUAUGUCAACACCGCCAUGGAACGCCUAGCCAAAGCCGACGUGAAAUACAGAUUCGUAUUGGAUUUUUCCGCAGAGAAACAAGAUGGAUUGAAAAGGCAGGCAUGUAGAAUAUGCAAAUUGUAAGGAAGAUGAUGUAAAUAUUAAAUUAUUAGAUGUUUA